AUGACGGUCGACGUCUUUGACGAAUUACUCAGCAUUGUUGGACCUACAAUUAAAAGGAUGCACACUAAUUUUAGAGAACUUAUUUGUUCUCGCACAAGGUUGUACUUGACGUUGAGAUAUUUAGCCACAGGAGAUAAAACGUCUUCAAUUGCCUUUGCAUUUCGCAUAGGACAUAGCACUGCUUCAGCAAUAAUUGAAGAUACAUGCGAGCAUCUGUGGAAUAUGCUGCAUGAUAAAAUGUUUGUGCCAUCUACGGAUAAUUGGAAGGCAAUCGCCAAAGAAUUUUAUACACGCUGGAAUUUUCCACAUUACAUAGGUACAAUAGAUGGGAAGCAUGUAGUUAUAAAGGCACCACCAAAUUCCGGAUCGACCUUUUAUAAUUACAAAGGAUCUUGUUCGCCCUUUGGCAAAGCGAACAAGAGGCCGGGACCGCUCAGCAAUGAGCGCGGGUCACAUGCUGACAAACCAUGA